GUGCGAUGGUGGUUGAAACGAGAGGAGGUAAGAGGAAGGAUAAUCCAACGAAGGAAGAGGCUCGAAGAGUGAAGUUUGCGAAGGAGAAGGAGACGAGUCAGACGACGGCGGCGGAGGCCUCCGAUAACAUCGAGAAGACGACGGAGAUGGCGGAGACUGCGGAGAAGACGAGUGAGGACUCGAGGGAGACUACGGCGGGAGGAACGAAGCCGACUGAGCCGACUGCUCCGACGACAGUUGUUGGUGGCCCAUCUCCUCCAGCUCCUCCAGCUCCUCCAGCAACUCCGGCGAUUGGAACUCAUUCUGGAGAUGAUGAGAUUGAAGGUUCUGAAGAAGGAAAUGAAGACGGAGAAGAUUCUGAAGAAGAGAAUGGAGAUGGAGAUGGAGCUGCAGAAGGAAAGGAUGGUGAGAAUGGAGGUUCCGAAGAUGAAGCUUCUGAAAAUGAAGCUUCUGAAAAUGAAGCUUCUGAAAAAGAAGCUUCUGAAAAUGAAGCUUCUGAAAAUGAAGCUUGUGAAGAUGAAAUGGAUGAUGAUAAUGGAGGUUCUGAAAAAGAAAAUGGAGAAGGAGAAGAAGAGUUAGCAGAUGGAGAUAGAGAAGCCUCUAGAGAAGCAAACGAGGAUGAGAAUGAGAAUCCACCAGAGAACGAGAAUGAGAAUCCACCAGAGAACCAGAAUGAGAAUCCACCAGAACCCGAGGUAAGAAAUUAUCACUUAGGUAGGAGUCUCCUUAGGUAGGGGAACUUGGAUAUAACUGUUUGGAUAUAACUGUAGGGGAACUUGGAUAUCACUGUUUGGAUAUAACUGUAGGGGAACUUGGAUAUAACUUGUAGGAAAAUUUUAGUAUAACUUGGAUAUAAAACUUUGGUAUAACUUGCAGGGUUUGAAUGGAAAUGUGGGACUCGAUAUAGUCAAACCGACGAGCAUGUUCUUCAAGCCCAGCGAGUACAGCAAGAAAAUAAAGCUUGGCACAAGGUGUAUGAUAGCUAGCGCGAUUAAGACGCUAAAAGAUCUGAGACCUAAGCUGUCUAACGCGGAGUGGAGCUGGUUCACGGAGCAUCCCCAAUUCAAACACAUUUUCCACAUGAAGACGGAGAAUAACCAUAGGGUACAGGGGAUGUGGAUGUUGUUGUUGCGUACUGCUGGUAGCGAGAGGCAGAGAGAGAGGUGGUUUAUAGUGAAUGGGGUUGCUAUCCGUUACGGGCUGAGGGAGCAUGGUUUGAUAUCUGGCCUAUUCUGUCACAACUAUCCUCUCGGCUACAAACAGCUUGGUGGGACGAGGUUUGUUGAUCGUCAUUUCAAGGAAGGAGAAUCUAGAAGGUUAGAGGAUGUUAAGAAGAAGCUGGUGAACAUGGGACCCCACAAAGACAGACUGAAGAUGGCGGUUCUAUUCUUCUUAGCUUCGGUUGUUUGUGCGCAAACCAAGGCUGGACACAAGGCUAAUGAUGUUUUGGAGGUGUUCCAGAGAGCAGUGGACGAUCUUGACUACUGCAAGUCCUUUCCGUGGGGGAGAUUGUCAUAUGAUUACAUGCUGAAAGAGAUAUCUCACACAAUGGAGCAUUUUGGAGGAGUGGUGAAAGAGAAAACAUUAUGGCCGCUUCCAGGAUUUUGUGUUCCAUUAGAGCUUCUUGCAUUCGAGGCAAUUCCCAAGCUAGGAGUUGCGUUCAGAGAGCCUGUUGAUGGAGCUUCUCCCAACUGUCCGAGGAUGUGUAAGAGCUCAUUCAAAAGAAAUGGAUCCACAGGGGUGUCACUUGCUGUGAUAAACAAGGAACUGGGUAACACAACUGUUAUUGACAGCAUCAUCCCCACCAGAACUCCACAAGAAGAAAGACUGUUGGAUGAGAUUUUGGAAGAUGAAGACGACGUUGAUCAAUCCGAUAUAGCUGUGGACAGUUGGGAGAAGUGUCUGGAUGCAGGUGAAAAGAUAUUUUUUAAAGACAUGUUCGACGAAGAUGUAGCUGGGCGUUCAAAACAGCCAGAACCGAUUGAAGAUGCAGCAGGGGAUGGAGUACAGAUAGGUGAGCAGUCGGUUCAAGUGGGAGAUGUUAUGACGUUGGUGACGUUGGUGAAAAAGACAAUGAAACUGUUGAAGACAGUUGACAAGAAGGUGGACCAGUUGGAUGGGAGACUGGACCAGUUGGAUGGGAGAUUGGCCCCUAUUGAGGAGUUUGUCAAGGAAGCACAAGGCAAAGAAGCAGAGGUAGAUGAAGCAGAAGCACACGGGAAAGGUAAAAGCCAGAAACGCAAGAGGUCUGUGGGUAAAGGCAAGAAGUGAAGCUAUGUUUAUCUAGUUUGUUGUGGAUUUAGAUCUUUGGAUGUUUAUCUAGUUUGUCUUUGUGGAUUUAGAACUUUAACUAUGUUAUGACUAUCUUGUUAUGACUAUUUUGCUCCUUUAAUUUUGUUAUGUGU